AUGAUAGUGGUGAUGAAACCAAACCUUCACUCAGGUCUCUUCUUGAGAUUGUCUCACCUUGCAUUCUUCACCUUUUCCUUCCUCUUUUCCCCCUCUUUAUAUCCCCCCCCCCCCCCCCCCCCCUCCCUCCCCCUCAGUGAGAAGUGUCGGAGCUUCAUUGAUCUGGCCCCGGCGUCGGAGAGAGGUGUGUUGUGGUUGUCGGUGGUGUCGGAGGUGCUCUACAUCCUGCUGCUGGUCGUGGGCUUCAGUCUCAUGUGUUUGGAACUUUUCCACUCCAGUAACGUCAUCGACGGACUCAAACUCAACGCCUUCGCCGCCGUCUUCACCGUCCUUGCAGGUCUUCUGGGUAUGGUGGCUCAUAUGAUGUACACUCAGGUGUUCCAGAUCACCGUCAGUCUGGGUCCUGAAGACUGGAGGCCUCACAGCUGGGACUAUGGCUGGUCUUUCUGCAUGGCCUGGGGCUCCUUCACCUGCUGCAUGGCCGCCUCCGUCACCACCCUCAACUCCUACACCAAGACGGUCAUCGAGUUCCGCCACAAACGGAAACUGUUCGAACAGGGUCUGCGCGAGGAGCAGAACUACCUGGACCAGGAGGCCUUCCACUACUUCCGGGACCGAUCCCUCCAGUCCAUCUCCAGCACCGUGGAGGUCUACCCGGGACACGGAGGGACCAGGGCCGGGAUGGGGGGCGGCGGUCCGGGUCCGGGUCCGGGCCUGGGACGUGGGAAGAUGAGAGCCACGUCGGCCUCCAUAGACCUGGGCGAUAACACGGACUCGUUGGGGGAGGAGCAGUGCUGAGAGGGGGAGGAGCUAACGACAGUUAAAGAGGCGGACUGUACCUUUAAGUCUGGACUGGCCUCAGGUUUUCCCGCCAAAAACAAAAGCACAGCCGUCCUUAUUUUCUGUUUAAUGAAGGUUAAGGACUUGACAGGAGGCAGUUAAUUAAACAGACUGACUCACUGUCCGUACAUGAAUAGAAAAGCGACAGAAGUCGUGACAAACGGACCUUUAACUGUAUGAUUAGUGAGUGUUUGUGGAUGAACAGCAGUUGUUCUUCGCAUAUUUAAAGGUGCUAUGUGUAAUGUUUUGGCCACAGCGUCACCUGUCCUGCAGGAACACAAACAGAAAAUACUACACAUAGCAUUUUCAGCUGUAGGUCGUGUCCAGGCUCUGUGUUUGACGCUGAAUGUGAAAACUGUUAGUGCUCUAUUAAAAGUAUACGUCUGUUCA